CCCCAACGAUCUUACAUACCUGCAUUCAAGCUUAGAUUUUGAGGAAAGAGCAUUUGAAGAAAGAAAAUCGUUACAAUUUCAAUUAUGGGGCAUCACCUGUUGUUGAUAUUAGCAGUUACUGUGCUGCUGUUUGGUUGGGAUGCAGCUGCACAGACGUCGAAUUCAAGCUGUCCCGUAAAAUUCACAAGGGGUAAUAUCAAAACUUACCAAUACUGUAACAAGCUACAUGCAUUAGGAGCUACUCUGUCAUAUAUCUAUCAUGCAGAGAAUGGGUCGUUAGAUAUAGCUUUCAAGGCUGCACCAGCUGCUUCUAUGGGGUGGGUUGGUUGGGGGAUAAACCCAAAAGGGAAGCAAAUGAUUGGCACACAAGCUUUGAUUGCAUUUCGAUUGAGUAAUGGAUCAACUGUGGUUGAUACAUAUAAUGUGGUCUCUAAGACUCUUGCUUUGAAUCCUUCAAAGAUUAGCAUCACUGUGAGGAGCAAGAGUGCUGUGUAUGAGAGUAGCAGUGGAAAGAUAACCAUAUUUGCCACCUUGGUGCUUGGUUCCAACAAAACCAGUGUUAAUCAGGUGUGGCAAGUGGGCAGCUCAGUUACCAACUUGAGUCCUGGUAUUCAUAAAACUACUGGGGCCAAUCUCAAGAGUUUAGGGGUACUCAAUCUCCCAAGUGGGGCAACCUCUGCUCCUCCUGCUGGCUAUUCAUCACACCAGACUCUCAAAAAUAUACAUGGGAUGAUUAAUGUUGUUAGUUGGGGCAUAAUGAUACCUAUUGGAGUUAUGAUUGCUAGACAUGCAAUUACAUUCCAAGUUGCAUAUCAUACAUGGUUUUACAUCCAUGCAAUAUGCCAAUCCUUUGGAUAUAUUAUUGGAGUGAGUGGUUGGGCCAUUGGCUUGAAGCUAGGCAGUUAUAGCAAAGGUGUAGUACGAACUUCACAUGGAAUAAUUGGGAUUGUAAUUUUCUGCCUCGCUACUUUACAGGUAUUUGCACAACUCUUACAACCUAAGAAGGAUCACAAGUUUCGUUUAUAUUGGAAUAUAUAUCAUCACAUUGUUGGCUAUUCAGUGCUCAUAUUAAGUGCAAUAAACGUCUUAAAAGGAUUUAACAUCUUAAAUCCUGAAAAAAAGUGGAAAAAUGCUUUCUUUGUUGUUGGUUUUUCUUUGGGUGCAACUGCCAUCAGCCUUGAAGUUGUAAAAUGGAUUAUCUUCUUCCGACACAAGGCAAGAAAUUCUUCUAAACCCUUGAGUGAAAGUAAUGAGAAUGGUCAAUUGAAUGGGGAUAGUAGUUAGUAGAAAAUUGAGAUUAGCUCUAGAGUUUAUUCUUCUAUUAGCUAUUUUGGUUGUAAUGUACAUGUGCAAUUAGUUGCACAUUUCUCAAGUAAUGAGUAAGUUUAAUAUUGU